UCGAACCAAAAACACAUCCAACGACGACGAUGACAACGAACCGAUCCACCAGACUUCUGGUGUUGCUAGUGUUGACCUCACUGGUGGCCAGCCAUCAGGCGCAUGCCGCCGCCGUCGGACUUCAGUGCGGCGGCAAGAGCGCCGUCUGUGUGGGACCACUGUCCUACCAGCAGUGCGUGGACGACCUGACCUUCGGUCCAGUGGUGCCUUGCCAACUGAACACGCGCUGCGUGACCGACGGUCUCGAGAUCUGUGUGCCGGUUAAGUCGGCCGUCGAGGCUCCAACGGCGGCCGUUGCCAAAAUGGUGACCAUUACCGAUAGUCCCGUCAGUGAGUCCGCUCCGCUGGUGGAUGGCAGCUCCAGCGCUUCCAUCGUAGAGAUCUCCACCGAGGGACCGAGUGCCGCACCCAGCAGCGCUCCCGCGGAGACAUCUGCCCCGGUUGAGACGACCCAGGCAGCGGAAGAAACCACCACACUUCCGGCUGAGACUACAACCGCAAAUAUCGACGAGACCACCACGGGAUCGGAGGCACCUCUGGAGACGGAAUCAACGAUUCCCGGCGAUGAGGUCACCACAGAGACAACAGCCGUGGACACCACCUUAGCACCAGGAUCGGAUAACACAGACUCAACCAUCGAACCCAACACCCCCGUGGCGCCCGAGAGCACCACAACCGCUCCUGGAGAAGAUGUCAAUGCUCCCGCGGGCACUACCCUCGCUCCUGGUGAAGCCGAUCCAAACGCGCCACUUGAUCCCAACACCACCCCGGACCCCAACGCCCCCGAAGAAUCUACUAACGAACCCGGUUUAGUUGACCCCACUGCUCCCGCUGAAACCGAUGCCCCUGGAACCCCUGCUGAUGUUACGACUGCUGCCCCUGGCACUCCUCCCAAUGUUUCGACUGCCGCACCUGGAACUCCCGCUGACGGAUCGUCUGUUGCUCCUGGCUCCCCAGUUGAAAGGCCCACUGCCGCCCCUGGCUCUCCAGUUGAAGGACCCACUGCCGCCCCUGGCUCUCCAGUUGAAGGACCCACUGCCGCUCCUGGUUCUCCAGUUGAAGGAACCACUGCCGCUCCUGGAGCUCCUGCUGGUGGAUCUUCUGCUGCUCCUGGCUCCCCAGUUGAAAGGCCCACUGCCGCUCCUGGCUCUCCAGUUGAAGGACCCACUGCCGCUCCUGGUUCUCCAGUUGAAGGAACCACUGCCGAUCCUGGAGCUCCCGCUGGUGGAUCUUCUCCUGCUCCUGGCUCUCCAGUUGAAGGACCCACUGCCGCUCCUGGCUCUCCAGUUGAAGGAACAACUGCUGCUCCUGGAGCUCCUGCUGGUGGAUCUUCUGCUGCUCCUGGCUCUCCAGUUGAAGGACCCACUGCCGCUCCUGGAGCUCCAGCUGAAGAAAACCCUGCUGCUCCUGGCUCUCCGGCUGAAGGAAACCCUGUUGCUCCUGGAUCUCCAGCUGAAGGAAACCCUGCUGCUCCUGGCUCUCCAGCUGAAGGAAACCCUGCUGCUCCUGGAUCUCCAGCUGAAGGAAACCCUGCUGCUCCUGGCUCUCCGGCUGAAGGAAACCCUGUUGCUCCUGGAUCUCCAGCUGAAGGAAACCCUGCUGCUCCUGGCUCUCCAGCUGAAGGAAACCCUGCUGCCCCUGGAGCUCCUGCUGAAGGAAACCCUGUUGCUCCUGGCUCUCCAGCUGAAGGAAACCCUGCUGCCCCUGGCUCUCCAGCUGAAGGAAACCCUGCUGCUCCUGGUUCUCCAGCUGAAGGAAACCCUGCUGCUCCUGGCUCUCCAGCUGAAGGAAACCCUUCUGCUCCUGGCUCUCCAGCUGAAGGAAACCCUGCUGCUCCUGGCUCUCCUGCUGAAGGAAAUCCUGCUGCUCCUGGAGCUCCUGCUGAUGGAUCGUCUGCUGCUCCUGGCUCUCCAGCUGAAGGAAACCCUGAUGCUCCUGGAGCUCCUGCUGAAGGAAACCCUGCUGCUCCUGGCUCUCCAGCUGAAGGAAACCCUGCUGCUCCUGGUUCUCCAGCUGAAGGAAACCCUGCUGCCCCUGGAGCUCCUGCUGAAGGAAACCCUGUUGCUCCUGGCUCUCCAGCUGAAGGAAACCCUGCUGCCCCUGGCUCUCCCGCUGAAGGAAACCCUGCUGCUCCUGGCUCUCCUGCUGAAGGAAACCCUGCUGCUCCUGGUUCUCCAGCUGAAGGAAACCCUGCUGCCCCUGGCUCUCCAGCUGAAGGAAACCCUGCUGCUCCUGGAUCUCCAGCUGAAGGAAACCCUGCUGCUCCUGGUUCUCCAGCUGAAGGAAACUCUGCUGCUCCUGGAUCUCCAGCUGAAGGAAACCCUGCUGCUCCUGGCUCUCCUGCUGAAGGAAACCCUGCUGUUCCUGGAGCUCCUGCUGAUGGAUCGUCUGCUGCUCCUGGCUCUCCAGCUGAAGGAAACCCUGCUGCUCCUGGAGCUCCUGCUGAAGGAAACCCUGCUGCUCCUGGCUCUCCAGCUGAAGGAAACCCUGCUGCUCCUGGCUCUCCAGCUGAAGGAAACCCUGCUGCUCCUGGCUCUCCUGCUGAAGGAAACCCUGCUGCUCCUGGAGCUCCUGCUGAUGGAUCGUCUGCUGCUCCUGGCUCUCCAGCUGAAGGAAACCCUGCUGUUCCUGGAGCUCCUGCUGAUGGAUCGUCUGCUGCUCCUGGCUCUCCAGCUGAAGGAAACCCUGCUGCUCCUGGAGCUCCUGCUGAAGGAAACCCGGCUGCUCCUGGCUCUCCAGCUGAAGGAAACCCUGCUGCCCCUGGAGCUCCUGCUGAAGGAAACCCUGCUGCUCCUGGCUCUCCACUGAAGGAAACCCCUGCUGCUCCUGGCUCUCCUGCUGAAGGAAAUCCUGCUGCUCCUGGAGCUCCUGCUGAUGGAUCGUCUGCUGCUCCUGGCUCUCCAGCUGAAGGAAACCCUGCUGCUCCUGGAGCUCCUGCUGAAGGAAACCCUGCUGCUCCUGGCUCUCCAGCUGAAGGAAACCCUGCUGCUCCUGGAGCUCCUGCUGAUGGAUCGUCUGCUGCUCCUGGCUCUCCAGCUGAAGGAAACCCUGCUGCUCCUGGAGCUCCUGCUGGAGGAAACCCUGCUGCUCCUGGCUCUCCAGCUGAAGGAAACCCUGCUGCUCCUGGAGCUCCUGCUGAAGGAAACCCUGCUGCUCCUGGCUCUACAGCUGAAGGAAACCCUGCUGCCCCUGGAGCUCCUGCUGAAGGAAACCCCGCUGCUCCUGGCUCUCCAGCUGAAGGAAACCCUGCUGCCCCUGGAGCUCCUUCUGAAGGAAACCCUGCCGCUCCUGGCUCUCCAGCUGAAGGAAACCCUGCUGCUCCUGGCUCUUCUAUUGUUCCCGAUGUGCCUGGUGGUGGUGCUCCUGCUGUACCCGGCGUUCCUGCUGUUCCCGACGUACCCGCAGGUGGUGCUCCUGCAUCUCCCAACGUUCCCGCUGGUGGUGCUCCUGCUGUUCCCAACGUUCCUGCUGGUGGUGCUCCUGGUUCCAAUUCUGGAGCUGGCACUGUUCCAAGUUCUCCGCUCAAUCCACCAACUGGCCCUGUCGUUCCAUCGAUUCCUACACUUCCUGGCGGAGCAGGCUCUUGGCCUUGGCAUGGUCGGCCGAGUGUUCCCAUUCUGCCCCCGAUCUGGAGGCCCCAGCUUCCUGGACAAAACGGCUCAGGUGCUGCGGCUGCUGCUCCGGGCAGUGGUCUGAUUAAUGGCGGUGUCAAUCCACCCCAUCGUCCGUUCUGGCCUAACUGGCAAAACUGGGUGAACAGCUGGCGACCAAAACGGCCAGUUACCAGCACCGAGGCUCCAGUCCAACCGGAAAACCCUCAGCAACCUGAGGAACCCCAACAACCAAGCAUUAAAAAUCCCGAGACUGCCGAGAGCGUAGAACAGGCAGCCCCAGCUCCGCCAGUUGCAGGACCUGCGUCCAACGAGAAUGCCUCUGUUGAGGCCUCCAGUGAGAAGUCCAAGGACAAGCCAAAGUCUGCAGAGGAUCAGUCCAAAGAGCAAAAGAAGCCCAGCUCCGAGGAGAAGAAGGAGAAGGACAGCAAAGAACAGAAGGAGAAGGACAAUAAGGAAAAGAAGGACAAGGACAGCAAAGAGAAGGAGAAGUCGAAGGACUCCAAGGAGGAAAAGGACAAGGAGUCCCAGAAAGAAAACGAAUCCCAGAAGGACAACGAGUCUCAAAAGAACGAGGGCGACGACGAGUUGAGCUCCAGAAAAAAGGAGUACGUGAAGGACCUGAUCAAGAAGCUGAAGAAGGGUGACGAGUGCGACGAGGACGAUGUCUACCCGGAUGUCCGCGACUGCCGCAAAUACUACCGCUGUGAGGUGAAGAAGUCGGGCAAGCACAAGUUCGCCCACCUUCGUUGCGACAAAAAGGAGCGCUUCGACUGGCUCUCCCAGUCCUGUGUGCCCAAGGACGAGGCCCGCUGCCUGGAGAAAUAGGGGAUUACAACUGCGAUUCUGAUGGAAGCUCGCUUCUUCGCCGCUUAACAUCUGCUGCUUCCGUGCAAUAAUAUUACAAUCAACUGUAUUCCUGUACUGGCAAUGAUAUUCUAUCUCAAACUCUGGUCCUACAUAAUUUAUUUCACUAUUUUAAAAACCCUUUAUUUUUUUGUUAUUCACAAUAAAUCUUGAACUUUAUGAAAAUCUGGCAAA